GCGGUCUCGUGAAUCAAUCACACGCCUUCCAGCUGUGAUAUCCUGCUACGCUUCCGUAGCAAGGAUGACAUCGUGGUGAGCCUCCUUGCUCCUCGGCUACAACCACCGUUCUGGCCCCAGCCUCUAGAUCUCUGCCAGGCGGCGGGUCGAGCAUGCAGAGGGGCAUCUCUGGGAGAGAGGGCGUGAUCGACAGGCUAUGGCUGGAGCAAGCUGAUAUCGGAGAGUCUGCUCUUCGACACGGGAAGAGGGGCCUCAGUGGUCAUUAUCAUCCUUCCUAGUUGCGUCGUUGGUGACUCCACAGAACCUGCUAUGGCAAGCACCGACCACGUCCUCUGGCACAUGGUCAAGGGCUGCAUCGAAAUGGGCCGAGCUUCAGACACCCACGAUACCGUCGACAGCGCUCUCGUCCCCCAUGCCGCCUGCUCGGCCGCUCCCGCAGCGCUCCACCUCCGCGCGACCACCUUGACGUGACCAUCUCGGCGUGGCGGCCUGCCUGCCUACC